AUGAAGAUUCUUCUGUGUAUCACAAUUUUUUCGCUUAUUGCGUUGUCUAUCGCUGCACCACGAGGAUCCCAUCGUAGCAGUGGUAACGAAGAGUCGAAAACAAAAGAAGGGGAAGGAAUUGAUGUGGAACCGACAGAAGCAAAUGCGUUAAACGAAGCAAAUGAGGCAAACGCAGCAAAUGAGGCGAACGAAGCGAAUGCGGCAAACGAAGCAAAUGCGCCUGAUCCGGAACCAACAAGGAAAAGAAGAGGGCAAAAGGGCAUAGCAAAUCAAACACCAAUUUGA